AUGGCUAGCUGUACUGGAAAAGUUAAUUUUUCAUUAAGUGGAAAAGAGAAGGGUAUAGGUUUAGAAUCUGUUUUGGAAAUUGCAUUUGAUGAAUUAAUUUCAGAAUUUAAAAAGAAGUUUCUACACAAAAUAAUAAAAGUAUUAGAAGAAGCAAAAUAUAAUGACAAUUUAGAUAUUAUGAAUGAAAGGAGGGAGAAGUUUUUUUUGAAGAAAUAUGAGGAUGAUCAAAGGGAAGAUGAAGAUGAAGAUAAAAUUGGAUACAAAAUUGGAGAUGGAGUUGAAGAUGGAGUUGAAGAUGAAUUUGAAGAUAAAAUUGGAUACAAAAUUGGAGAUGAAGUUGAAGAUGAAGUUGGAAAUGAAGUUGAAGAUAAAAUAGGAGACAAAAUUGGAGACAAAAUUGGAAAUGAAGUUGAAGGUAAUAUUGAAAGGGAAGAUAUAAUGAUAGAAGAAAAAAAAAAAAAAAACAAAAAAAUAGAAAUGGAUAAUAGUUCAUUAUCAAAUGAUAGUACAUUUGGUGUGUAUUUAAAAAGUAUUAUAGAUAGAAAUAAAAUCAGUUUAUUGAAAAAAUUAGAAAAACAAAAAGAAUUAAAAAGUAUCGAAGAAAAUAAUAAAAUAAAUUAUUAUAAUAAUAAAUAUAAAAAUGGAAUUAUACAUUAUGAUGAAAAUAAAGAAUAUCAUAAUAGUUUAAAUGAUAAAAAUGUAUAUAAUAAAAAAGAAGAAUCUAUGAAUGAGCGAACUAAAUUAGUUAAGCAUACAUUUGAUAAUAAAAAUAAAAAUGAUAUGCACUUUUAUCCUCAGGAAUCCCGUUUUCAAUAUGUAAGUGAAAGAAUAGAAAAUCUAUAUAAAAUAAGCAAUAAAUUAAGACAGGAAAAGGAAACAUAUAAUAAUGUUAAAUAUAAUAAAGAUAAUGAUAAUAGACAUCUUAAAGAAAAUGAUACACAAGAUGAAACAGAUCAUGAACAGAAUUAUGAAAAAUAUAAUCUUAAAUUAAAUUAUGUGGAAAAUCAUAAUACUCAACAAAUGGACAAGUAUCAAAUUAAGGAAAAAAAUAAUAUCAUCAAAUUAAAACAACACAAUAAUAAUAAUAAUAAUAAUAAUUUAAAGGGUAAUAUGGAAAAAAAUAUUAUAAAUAAUCAUCAGAAGAAUUAUAUAUCUUAUUAUAAUAACAGUUUUAAAUAUCCUUCAAGGUCUCAUAUAUUUACAGAAAGAUUUAAUUGUCAUGCUUCUGAUGAACAUAAUGAAAAGAGUGAUCAUAUUUAUGAUACAUUACAUAACAAAGAUAAGAGUUGUAAUAAUAAUUAUGAUAUGUUACCUAAAAAAGAUAAAAAUUGUAAUAAUAUUUAUGGUAUAUUACAUAAUAAAGAUAAAAAUUGUAAUAAUAAUUAUGAUAUGUUACCUAAAAAAGAUAAAAAUUGUAAUAAUAUUUAUGGUAUAUUACAUAACAAAGAUAAAAGUUGUAAUAAUAAUUAUGAUAUGUUACCUAAAAAAGAUAAAAAUUGUAAUAAUAUUUAUGAUAAUAGUCACCUUUCAUCGAGAGGCGCAAAUAAAUUACCACCAAGCAAUAAUAUUAUAGAUGAAGAAAAAAAACAAAUAAUAAAUGAUAAUAUAAAUAUAGAAAGUCCACAGAAAUUUAACUAUUUAUGUAAUGAAAAAAAUAAUAAUUUGGAAUGUAAAAAAGAAAAAAUUAAAUUAGAAAAACCAUUUUCUUUUGAUUCAAAAGAUAGUGAUGAAAACUAUGUAAGGGAAAAAAAUAAUAUGUACGAGCAGGACGAUUUAAAAAAUAAUAUGUCACAAAGAUAUUAUAAAAAAGUAGAAGACUUCAAAUCAUGUCAACUGAAUAAAAAAAUUUCAAAUGAAAAGGAAAUCAUUAAAAGGCCAAAUAAUAACUUGUUUUUUGAAGUUAUAAGAGGAAAGAAAAGAAAAAAUAUGCCAGGAUUUGAAUGUAAAGAUUGUAAAUCGUUUUAUAAUGAAAUAUAUUCAGAUGAUGAUGAAGGGAAAUGUGUGCACACGAAUUUUUUUUUCAAAAAUGAACAACAAUUAAAAAAAAAAAUAAACAUUAAUAAAGAUGUACAUAGUAAAAAUAGUUCAACGGAUGAUAUUAAUAGUGUAGAUAAAAUGAAUAAUGUAGAAAAAAUGAAUAAUGUAGAUAAAAUGAAUAAUGUAGACAAAAUGAAUAAUGCGGAUAAUAUAAAUAAUGCAGACAACAUAAAUAAUGCGGAUAACAUAAAUAAUGAGGAUAAUAUAAACAAUACAGAUAAUUUAAAUAAUACGGAUAAUUUAAACAAUACGGAUAAUUUAAAUAAUGCGGAUAAUUAUCCAUUAAAUAAAAAAGUUCAUAUGAAUAAUUCUAAGAAAAGUAUAUAUUAUUCACAUUCCUUAUCCUCAACAUGCUUGAAUGCUCACACAGAUACCGAGAAAGCAUCGAUGAACAAAAAAAAAAAUGGUAAUAUGUUAAACAUGGAUAAUAUAAACAAAGAAAACGAUUUAGAAAAAGAAAAAAAAAAAAAAAAAAUUAUACAAACUUUUUCACGACAUAGAUAUCAUAAUAAAAUCAAUGACUCUCCAAAAAAUUUCUGGAAAUUUGAUUUCUUUAAAUAA